CGGUCCGCGCAGAGAUGCUGUGAGACUGCAGCAGCAGCAUCCUCCAGUCAGAGCGCACGAGCACGGGGCGAAAAAGCGAAACAGCGCACGCAGAACGACGGAGAGAAGAAGGUUAGAAAGAAAGACGGCAGGCAUAUAUCUAUCUGUCUAUCGGUCGAGCUUUCAAGUUCUCUGGACCUUUUUUACACAAAACAUAUCUGAACGUACUUACUCUACCCGUCCGAGUGGCUAGCUGCUCAUGCACGAGCCAAGGAGCGUCUUCUCAGCGUGCGUUUUUUUGUUGCACAUUUAUUUUCAAUUUAUUUAUAACUAACUAGCCGUUUUUGAGAGCGUUAGAGCGUUGCUUUUUUGUAUGAGCAUCAUUUUCUCGCCUCUGCAUAUUCAUGAGGAAGAUCUCCCUCCAUCACGGGCUUCACUGAAGAGAGGAGCGGUGCUGCAUAGCAGGGAAUAAAUACAAAUAAAACGAAAAACAGAAAAAUAUAUUUAUUUUUUUUGGUUAUUCUUUAUCCUUUCUGAAGAAGCCUGACGGAACAGGCUCUCGGAUCGGCUCUGCUCUACACGACUAACAUACAUACACACAUCCACACACAAACACACAUUCACACACAUAGUCACACACAGACACAGUCGAUCAAGGGGGCUCUUUACACUCCUUUCUAUAGCUGCGUGUCGACGAAAAACAAAGAACGAGAAUAAACAACCAGAAGGAGCCUCAUCAAGAGUCGCAGCAGGCGUAAGAAAGGAAAAAUGAUGGCCGGCGGGGCAGUGCAGCAGAACGGCAUCUUCUCCAACCCGCACCACCACAGUCAGCAGCCGCACAUGGAGUCAGACCCGCCGGACUCCCGUAAAAGACCCUUGGAGACCCCCACGGAGGCCAGCAGCACAAAGCGCACUAACACGGGAGAGGAAGGCGAGUACUUUUUGAAGGUUCUGAUCCCGAGCUACGCAGCAGGCUCCAUUAUCGGCAAGGGCGGUCAGACGAUCGUGCAGUUACAGAAAGAGACUGGUGCCACCAUCAAACUGUCUAAAUCCAAAGACUUCUACCCAGGAACGACUGAGCGCGUGUGCUUGAUCCAGGGCACUGUAGAGGCCCUGAACAGUGUCCAUGACUUCAUAGCCGAGAAGGUGCGGGAGAUGCCUCAGAGCGCCCCUAAAACAGAGCCGGUCAGCAUACUUCAACCACAGACCACUGUCAACCCUGACCGCAUCAAACAGGCCAAGUUAAUUGUGCCCAACAGCACGGCAGGGCUGAUAAUCGGUAAAGGUGGAGCAACUGUGAAGGCUGUGAUGGAGCAGUCCGGUGCCUGGGUGCAGCUUUCCCAGAAACCCGAGGGCAUCAACCUGCAGGAACGUGUGGUCACCAUCAGUGGAGAACCUGAGCAGAACCGCAAGGCAGUGGAGAUCAUCGUGCAGAAGAUCCAGGAAGACCCACAGAGCAGCAGCUGCCUCAACAUCAGCUACUCCAACAUUUCAGGCCCUGUGGCAAACUCCAAUCCCACUGGCUCCCCGUACGCUAACUCGGCCGAGGUGAUGCCCGCCGCAGCUGCUGCAGCCGCAGCCACCGCCUCCAGCCUCCUGGGGCAGGCCAGCCUAGCAGGUGUCGGCGCCUUCCCGACUGCAAUGUCCAGUUUCUCAGGGAACGACCUCCUGGCCAUCACGUCCGCUCUUAACACGUUAGCCAGCUACGGAUACAACACCAACUCCCUGGGCCUUGGGCUCAACCCUGCAGCUGCCUCGGGAGUCCUAGCUGCUGUAGCAGCCAGUGCUAACCCCGCUGCUGCUGCCGCAGCUAACCUUCUGGCCUCCUACGCCAAUGAUGCUUCCACCAGCACAGGCCACCCCGCCACCGGCCUGGGAGGCUUCACACUGGGUUCACUGGCUGCUGCCACUGGGGCCACCAAUGGCUAUCUGAGUGCUGCCUCCCCACUAGUUGCCAGCUCACUGCUAGCCACCGAGAAGUUGGCUGAAGGGGCCAAGGAUGUGGUGGAGAUCGCUGUGCCUGAGAACUUGGUGGGAGCCAUCUUGGGCAAAGGAGGCAAGACGCUUGUGGAGUACCAGGAACUGACGGGAGCCCGGAUCCAGAUCUCCAAAAAGGGGGAGUUUGUUCCUGGCACCAGGAACCGAAAAGUAACCAUUACAGGAUCACCCGCAGCCACACAGGCAGCCCAGUAUCUCAUCAGCCAGCGAAUCACAUACGAGCAGGGUGUGAGGGCCACCAAUCCGCAGAAGGUGGGCUAAACAGGGAGAGGGAAAGAGUGGGGGAUGGAAAGAUACAGAGAAAGAGAAAGGAGGGCAAGAAUUUUGAAGAAAAUCAUCAAGCUUUGUGCAUAUUUCAGUAUUAAAAAAGAUGGGAAAGUUGUCCAUUCUGAAAGAAGAGGAAUGAGUCGAACCGAAAACCAAGAAAAAAAAAUGUGUAAAAUGUAUAUAUGGGUUUAUUUCUUAAGUUUUGAUCUUUUUGGGAUUUUUUUAUUGGUUGAAUUUUUUUUUCCUGUUUUGUUUUUUGUUUUCUUUUUUUCUGGACAACGGUAUUUCAGACUGGCAUGCUUCCAUGCAGCAGCUCCCAGCAGGCAGGUGGGGUGGGGGGUGGGGUUGGGGUUGGGGGAGAACAGGGUGGAGCGGUUGGACUUCAACCUCCCUGGAAACAGCCCUUUCCCCAUCCCCAUCCCUUCCUAGCUGAUGAGAUUUUAUUUUUUCUUUACUUUUUGGCUCCUCAGUUUAAACACCUGCCCCCCCUUGCCCACGUUCCUUCUCCCUCUUUUAUGUGGGUCUGAUGAGACUGCAAACAAGUGCUUGGUUUUUUAGACCUAAGGCAGGUUUCCCCAGUCAGUGGCACCCCAAAACACACUACACGUCGCCCCAGCCCCCUAACUCCCAGCCAGCCGCCCCAGCGCUGCUCAGGGUGGGCUGCGGAGAGAGACGAGAGGCUGCAGUAGCAUCCCUCACUGCACUAUUAGCGUAAAAACCUGGGGUUCUCAUUAACCAGGUGCAUGCCAUUCGAUGCUACUACAGAUGUUGCUAGCGAAGGGAGCUUUCUGGAGCUUAUUGGGGACAUAGGCCAGAAUGCAUAACGCACCUAUACCUUGGUCAGAAUCUCAAGUUAGUACCAGAGCGCCUUGAGAUUGUGGCGAUUUCUCUAUGUGGUGUGCAGUCUGGUUUUAAAUACUAUUAUUAAUAGUACUACUCUUAUUACAAAAAUAUCAUCACCAUAAACAUUAUUUAUUAAUAUAAUUUCACCCAUAAGGACUGAGGUAUUUUUAUUUUUUUUUUCUUAAUCUGUGAAUUCAGGUUGACAUGAAUGUAAAGACAAUAUUUUGGAUUUAGUUUUUUAUUUAAGUGGAUUGAAUAGUGUGUCACAGUGUAAUGUAUGUCUUAUUUAAAGUCCAGUGACAACCGCACUGUCGGCACCAUCAGAGAGAACAGGAGCAGGGGUCAGAUAUAAUGUACUGUACAGUAAUGCUAACAAACAUGAAACACACAAACACAUACACAUAUUAAAAAGGGAAUUAGACAUAUCUGAGUUUUAAAAUAGACAUAUUAAAUCAGUGGUCUAGAAAAUUUACAUACAUAUCAAAUUAUAAAAAGAGAAUGUAGGUUUUGCACAAGUCCAAGGGAGUGUACCCGUAUCAAGAACAAAACUAAAAACGUUUCAGGCUCUUUCAUGUGAUCAAGGCCCUAUAUGGACUGGUUCUCUCUUUAAAAAUGUAUUCUUUUCUGUAUUAGAAAGGAUGUUGCACUUUUAUGUUUCCUUUGAGCGAGCUGAGAUGAAAACAUCUGCUCAAAUACUCUGUUGGUGGCAAUGGAAGACUUGCGUAGAUGUUUCAUAUCAAACAUAGAGAUGACCCUCAGAGCCCUGUGGCUUUGUUUGCGGACACGUACUACUGAACAACAACAAACAUGAACAAAAUUUCAGUUCCGGUGAGCACAGGGAGUCUGCAGUCUGCCCAGUAAGGCCAUUGAGAAUUCAACUUAAUGGCAUGGUGAAAAAUGGAAAAACGUAGGAUUCAGCCUCAUAACCUGUUCAGUAUGGUCAUGAGUGCAGUUAGUUAACACUCCAUUUACAGUCCAAUAAGGGCGAUAACACUAGUCCUAGAAGGCCGUCUGCACUGGUAAACUACCUGUUAAAGAACACUCUGUACUCAUCAGAACUGCCCCUGUGCAACGUAUGUGCUGCUAAAGAAGUCCUGUAGUACUGCAAUUCUUUUGUUGUUAGGAUACACUGAAUUUCGUCUUAAUGCACUGUGAAGUGUGGAGGCCGCGCUGGAAGGCCCAUAAGUCAGGGUUUUGCAUCAUUAACAAGCAGUUUUUAAACCGUAUCUUGUCAGAAGAAUGUAUAUGAAACUGAUGCUGAGGAACUAAGGACAGACUGGUUUGCUACACACAGAACAUCUAGGAGAGAUCUAGCUCAUGAUGAAUAUCAAGUUUUUUUAUCAAUACCACCAGAACUCUGAGGUAGCAUGUAGAUACCUUCCCCACAAACAACUUUAACAAACCAACAAUAAGAAAACAAGAAGGGGAGAGAAAAGGAAUGGCACAAAACUAAGAAAAUAUAACUUAAAAUCCCAAACAGAGAUUAAAUAUCAAGACUACUCCCAGCAUUUCAAAACAAAAUUAAUGCUAGAGAGCACGCCUGUGAAUAAACUGGAGGAACAUAACAUGAACCACAGCAGAAUCUAGGCAGCAAUGUGCUCUCUCUCUCUCUCUUCACUGACUAGAGACAUGCCUGUCUUCCUCUCGUUUGCUAUUGGAACAACAGGGAGAGUAUAUCAGAACCGAUUUGGUAAGGAGGCUUCUUUAUUCCCAUCUAAUACCAUCCACUUCCCUCACCUCUUCUCAACCCCUCUUUACCUCCGUGCACCCCCAUUUUGACACAUCAACCCAGAGACCCCCCUUCUUUCACAUCUCUCCAUGGGUGGCAAUGUCUGGUGCUACAGUGCAUGUUUUGCUUGCCCUUUCACAAAACAAUGACUCUACGGAGGAAAAGAUGUGUCCUAAGAUGUUGCUGUGUAGAAAAGGAAAGGAGGAUGAUUGCACUACGCUAGACUGCAGAUCAACUGAAAACAGGCCAAUUGGUGUAGGUGAAGUGUCAGCGAGGUUGCACUGGAGCUGAAAGCCAGAGUACCUCUAGGAGAAGUAGUGGUUUUAGCGCACAGAUUACCUAGCAUUCAGCUGACGAGAAAAGGUUGGUGUCGUGUCUCGUUCAAACGCACUAAUGGCGCUACUUGCUAAUUAACCUAGCUGCUGCAGUAGACAAUAGUGUUAAUGUGUUUUUAAAUGAAGAACAGUGAUUACAUAAAUAAAUAAAUGAAUUAAAUAAACAAAUUAGUUAAUAGUACAAAAAGCUGCCAGGGUGAAGUUAAGGAACUGAUUUAAAAAAAAAAGUGAGUGCCUCCGCAUAUUAGAGUGCAUCUGCGUCUCGCUCUUUAACCGUUCAGUGCAGUACAGAGAAUCAGAUACAUUAAACAUAUCAGAACCCUGAUCAAUCUUUCUCACCAUAAACUUACUAUAAACACCCCAGUAUACACACACACACACUACUGCACACUCACACACAUUUUUUUCAUUAUGGGGAAAAAUAAGAGUGAAGAGGCUUCAUUCUUUACAUAUAAAUUUGAUUAAUAAGAUAAAGAAAAGCAAAGAAAUAACUGUGAAAUUUCAAUGUGAAAACUAAGAAAAGGUGCCAAUGUAGUGUGCCUAGAGCAGCUUCCUGGUUUAGUUUUUUAGUUAGUUUUUUUUUUUUUGGGUGGGCUAUUUUGUUUUCGUAUUUUUCAGUACUUAGAGCGCAUUGUUAUUAUUAAGGGGGCAUCUGCAUUUUUUCUUUCUUCGGAAAAACAGACAAAAUGUGAUGAGUACUGGAAGCAAUAUACGUAGUAGCAUGUCGUCCUGUCUUGUCUUUUGUUCUGUCUGUGUAGGAGCUUUCGAUUUAUCUAGGUGUUGAGUAGGUUUGCGUAUUUAAUAUGUUUUAAGUUGUGAAGAUGCUGCUAUUGAAUAAGUGACAUACUAAAAAUUUUAAAUAAACAUAUCUGGUCAGUUGUUUAGCAAGAUGUGCUAGCUCUAAGAGGUGUAAUAAAUGCUACAUGAUGAGAUAAUUGCUAUAUUAAACAUUAAAUAAACCUGUGCCAAAAUAGAUAUUUACAGACUCAGCAACUGUAAAUGUGUGAUUUAAAUUAAACACCAUUAGUUAAAAGCAGACUUACUUUUAUAAAUAAAAAAAAAAUGUGAAAAGUGCCAAACAAACCACAGUUAAGUUACUAUAAUUAUCAGGGGUAAAAGUGACCGUUUUUAAAAAUUAGUAGGAGCAAAAUAGACAAUAGUGCUGUUAAGUUGGAAGUUUUCUACCCCCUCUAGAACUAAUAAUACAAGAGAAAGGUCUAAUGAGGGAGUCAUCUUGCUUACCAAACAAAUGCAUAUAGUGCCAUGUGGCCAUUAAUGCUACAUUAAUGGGGCUAGAAGACUGCCGUAGACUUAGGCUAGCAUGGUUAGUUUAAUAAGUUAUCAGCAUUCUUAAUACAGCCUUUUCUAGUUCUGAAAAUGUAUUUUGUGAAGAUAGAUGUUAUCUUUUUUGCACGUCUAUAUUGCAUGAUAUCAAAGUGAAGCGUGGAUUCAAAAAAAUCUUCAAGAAACAACAUAAAACCAUACAAAAAAACGUUAGGCGAUGUGCGUUCAUUUUGAGAACAAAUCUUUGCAUGCCAACAGUUAGAGCACUUGAAUUUAUUUUACUUUACACAUCCUAACCUGUCAUUUAGUUCUGCUUAACACCAAGCUGAGAAGUUUUGUUGUCCAUCUGCAGGAACCAAAAUCAUUCAUACAUAAUCAAAAUCAUAGUUUGUGUAUUUCUGUUUUUUGGUUGUUUUUUUGUGUUGAACUUUUUUGGCCACUGGCCUAGGGCCCGAAAUGUACUUGACACUAAUGCAGAUGCUUCGAGGUACGCAGACUGAGUUUUGGACUUUGUUGCUUUCAAAAAUGUGUCACAACAUAUUUUAUAACGCAACACAAGCGCAAGCUGCAUUCUGAGCAUUGCCACAAUGGGGCGCUACAGCAGGAAGCAAGUUGUCUUGUACUGCCAGUGUGCUUUUUUCCUGUCAACUAUCAUAGCGCUAUAAUUUGUUCUCUAUUGCCUCUGUAAGUAAGUAGAACGCACAUUGGCAUUGGGCAUUGGCAUUUGCAAGCUUGAGUCAAGUAUAUUUCUGGCUUAAGAAACAACAAAAAAUUAAAUUUUAAGACUAUUUAAUUCAUUCAUUUAGCGUAAAUAUUGGCUAAUUUAAACUGUGAGGAAACUUUACUGUUUUUUCUCACUCAAUCUAAGGUCUUGUUCAACCCACCUCUACAUAAGUUUGCAUAUCACACUUUCAGUCAUAACUUAGAGCACAAUGUGAUUUUUCCUAUACUGUGUGCUUAAUACUAACUACACCAUCAGCUUCUUACAUCAUAACUCUACAUUAAGCUUGUUCCCAUUCUUAUGAUGAUAUGCACUUUAUAUUGCACAUCCGCAAAAAAAAGAUGGCCCAAUUGUUUUGUUCUACGACAGAAUUAAUCUGUCUCUGCUAUUCAGCCUUUGCAACUGUCUCCCAAAAAUCUGAUCUGAGGCUAAACUGGUUACCUUUUAUCUCCAAACUCCAUUAGUCAUAGGAGAUUGAAUGUUUGGAGAAUGAGAGAAUGGUCUCAUUUAGAGUAUAUUGUUAAGGUGUUCAGACUGCAUGAAAAGCAUGAAAAAUUCCCCAAUUUUCCAAUCUGAUCAUCAGGAGAAGGAUAGUUAAAAAAAUUGAAGAUGCACCUUGAAGUUCAAAAAAUAUAUAUAUUAGAAAAACAAAAAGAACGGAAAUGAAAAAAAAAAAAGAGUAUAAGUAAACCACUCGACACCUUCAAUAUGUAUUUCCCCUUUUUUGGUUCCAUGUCGCCACAUAUAAUGAAGUCACUGCACUGUGCACAGCCAUGCUUAGUCUCAGACAUUUUGGAGGGAAAAAUGUUCCUUGCAGAGGUUAAAUGAGGGUUUUGUGUGUUUGUGCUCACAUGCUUUUAGCAGCUUUUUGUGUGUGGACAUGUUGUGGCUCUUCUCUGUUGGUGACAAGUUUAGUCUCCAUGUUACUGAGUUUGGCAGCUUUGUCACAUGCAGUAGAGUAAAGAUAAUUGCAAACUUAUGGUUUAUCUGGUGUUCAGAAGGUCAUUGCUUUUAUGUGGGCAAAUGGCUAGAGCACUGCGCUCUUCCAGUGGCCCAUGCACCCCCAAAAUCUAAUCCCACCCCGACUCCCCUCUCCCAGCCCCACCACCACCUUUACCACCAGGAAAAAAAACCUGGGGUCACUCUUAAGCUUGUACCCAUCGAAGCACCAGCAACGCUAGAACACAUUUGUCAUAUCACUGUUCUUUUCUCUCUUUUUGAUUUACCUGUUCUUAUUUGUAUGACACUCUCUAACCUAGACCAAGUAUUUAACAAAAAAGUCAUUCAUAUGUAUCCUGUUUACUCCCCCUUUCCCCCUUUUGCACUUUUCACUGCCCCCUUUUUCCAACCACUACCCACACUUCUGCCGACCUCUCCCUCACACCCUCCCAGACUUUCUCCUGAGUGCCAAACAACAACAGUACCAUUCCAAACUUUUUGAGUUCUCUUGUAUGUUGGACAUCCAUCGGACGCACCCAUGAAGCCAGCAUGUUCCUCCAUAACAUGAUGUCAGUCAUGACGCCUCAACAUUACCCAAAAAAAAGCAACCAGUAAAAGUGAGACCUGGAAUAACACGGUAAAAGGCUGGCUACCUCUCAUAAACUGCUUUUCCUAAUUCUCUGUCAUCUCUUCAACCUCCAGGACAUCACUGAUUGUGUGCCAUAAUGUUGGGGGCACUUGUCACUCUCCUCACCCCCAAGUCUCUCCAUUUGAUUUUCGAUGGGAAACAUUAAAACAACAGCAACAAAAAAAAAAAAAUCAUUUCAAUGACAGUUUUUUCUUUAACUUAGAAACAUGCUCAAAAAGCUGAGGAGUGUAAACGUCAGCUGCGCAGCCAUCUUCUGUCUUCUGAACUUUGAACUUUUCACCCCUCAUGAACUAUAUUGACCUUCUUCCUCCCCUUCUGUGUUCAUCAACUGUUUGGACUUAAAAUCUCCAUUCCAUCUCCAAACCUUUUUGAGACUGUGCAAUUAUAGUUGAUAUGAUUGGAUUUAUUUCUUUUUUGUUUUGUUAAAAUCAUCAUUGGGGACAAUUCUCAGAGAUAAAGAAUAAAAAUGAAACAAAAACAAAACAAAAAAAGCAUAAACAAGCUCCAAACUGCUUCUCCACAACUUUUUUUCCUCUCAUUGUAAAUAUUUUUUGUCAGGUUUUGUUGAACUGUAACUAGAAGUGUGUUCAACAGAAUGGGGCUGGCAGCAUAAAAUCAGUUUUGUGGAGAACUCCAACUGGAAACUUUAGAAUAAUCAAAUUAUUAAGUUUUGAUGUAAAAAAACAAAAUCAAAAAAACAAAAAAAAAACUAGCAUCCAUAAUUUUCAUUCGGAAAGGGCCGGUUUACACUGACUAUUUUUAACAAUACCACUGUUAGCUGUGUAAACCGGACAUAUUUCACAUUAACAGCAACUGCUCCUCUGAGAGUUGCUGUCAGCACCAGUGCCCUGCUCCUUUUGCUGUAUCACACGCUUGCUAAGGGCAGCUUCACUUGUGGAGACAGCUGAACAUGAGCUGUACAUAUCUCUGUCACAUUAAACUAGUUUGUAAGUUAUCAUCAUCAGCUUACUCACAGUUGUUGUUCCAGAUCUGCUAGAUAAAGAAAUGCUUGGCUUAUCAAUCUCAUAACAACAAGUAUGGUUCACCAUCAGUCCAUAUCCAAAACAUUCUUGCUCUUGAAACUCAUAGUCAUCAUGUUUUGUGCUACUAACAAUGAAAGUAGACAGCUAGACAAUGUUUCAUACUUGAACUGAUAGUAGUAGUGGUUGAGCUCACUGUAUAUAUCAGAUGUGUUUAGUGUAAUAUUGUGUCAUUAGAUGUCUUUUGACUGUAGAAGCAUCAGUUUUACAGGUGUCCUGUUUCUCUGUGAUGAAGAAAGACCUGCCAUUCCAUGAAUCAUGAUUCAGCUCUGUGCUCCACAUCUAAUGUUUCUAUGCUGCCAGCUUUACUUUCUGAUAACCCUUCAUGAGCUUAUUUAUUUUCAAACUACUAUACAUUAUUAAUAAAUGACAACAACUAGAAAAGGGGAAUGACUGGAAAGAUGAAUUACUGUUUUGUUUUUAGUAUUUUAGUGGUUUCUUUUAACACCAUUCAUUAACUGACUUAAAAAGUAUUGAAUAUUUAAUGUAAUUGUAGCAUUGUGUUUGUAAAAAAAAAUAGUGAGUUGUGUUUCUUGACUUGUGGAUUACCAGUGAAGUCAGCAAUUUAGUGCUAAUAUAUAUUAAGUCGUUUUUUUAAGAUUUUUUUUUCUUCCGACAGCAACAACAGUCAUUAUAAAUGUUCAUUUUAGCAUCACCUGUCUUCUGUUGUCUUAUUCUUCACCUCCCACAACACUCAAUCUCAUCAAGUAACACAUUGCAAGUUUGUGCCUGAAACCAUGUGCUCGGUCUUGGAGGGACCAUGAUGCAUGAGUGUGUGUGUGUGUGUGUGUGUGUGUGCGUGUGUGUGUAUGAAAGAAAGAGCGAGAGGAUUUGACUGCUGAAACAGGCUUGGGUGGGUGGUUGUUAUGUCCUCUGUCCACAAAAGCUAAAACUAGUUGGGUCUCCAUUUACCAAUGGAACCUGCUGAUGUUAUAGCUGAAACCCAUCCUGUGAGCCUAGUUGAUUUUUUAUCGUCCAUAACCUCCCCUUUCCCAACCACUCUCCACACUACCUUCCCCCUCCGAGUCAUCCCCUGCCACACUCUCCACACCAUGUGAUGUUCUCAUCGAUAACAUACUACUCGACCAGAUCCACCUUAACUCUGUCUCCAUGCCUCCAGAGGAGGCGGUUGCCAGUCAACCUCCCUCCCCUCAUGAUUCGCCACCAUCCUUUUUCGGCUGCCGGGGCCACGCCCAACCUUACAAUAAAAACUAAAAAAAAAAAAAAGUAUAAAAAACGUAAUGUAAAAAAAAGUUAAAGAGAAAGUACGAUAAAUACAGACCAGUGAUUCUCAGGGUGUCUACUUGAUCUACCUUACUUUUGUGAUUUUGUAGAAUCACAAUCCAGCUCUCCCUCAUGCUUUUUAUUAUUAUAAGGAGCCCAAAGACAAUUACGAUGUAUGACUGCUUAUCAAGUCUUCGAAAAGAAUGAUAUGCACCCAUCUAAAGGAGCAAAGCAAAUGCUGUAAUGUUUACAACCUUAACGAGACCAACGCUGUUGAAAGAAUGUGUAGGAGUUAAAAAAAAAGUUCUUUAACAAUGAAAAAAAUCCAAAAUGACGUUUUAAAUGAUUAUUUCUAUGUGACAUGGAGUAAUGUGGUGAUGAAGCAUUUUUGAAACAUUGCAUGUUACUAUUUUUUGCAAUGACACAUUUUUUUAAAUGUUAGAAUGGAUGGUACAGUGUAAAGUUAGAGCUACAUUUAGUUGCUAAUAAUAAAAAAAACAUUGGUGUCA